AUGUGUAGAACAAAGACAUGUUGGAUACCAGGUAUUUCUAGAAAACAAACGGAUUUAAUUAAAGAAAAAUAUGCUCCAAGAAUUGAAAAUAUCUUAAGCGGAGAAACUGUAUAUCAGCGUAUUAUUUUAGUUUAUGGAAGAGCAGGAACAAAAGAUAUAAAAGAAGGAACAAUUGUUGUUCAUCAUGACAAAAAUAGUUUUCCGUCUCAAACAUGGCCAUGCAUAAAAUCACAUUUUAAAUGUCUGGUUCAUUUGAAUGAGGGAAUGAAUUGUUUAACUUUUGAAUUUUUUCCUCCACAUAACAUGUCUAUACAGUUUUCUACAGUUAUUUUUCUAAAUUAUAUUAAUGUAGUUAAAAAUCCACCACUUUAUCUUGUAAUUUUGUUAGCAAAGGAUUCACCAGAAGAAUAUGAUGCACCGCCUUCACGCAAAGAAAAGGAAGGAAAUGGAUUAGAAUUAGCAAUAAAAAAGCUUCGAAUGAUUGCAUAUCUGUGGCAAGCGUUUACGGGUGAAAAAAUGGCAAGAAAUGGGUUUGGAAGAAGAUGUUUUCGUUUUGAAGAAGAAAAUUUAAUAGAUACAUUGUCAUCUCAAGAGAAAGACAUCAUUAGACAAACAGCAAAAAUUCAUAUAGUUCGAUCUAAAUAUUCUCUUAAGGAAAUUCGAGAUGUUAAUUUGGCUCAACAAAAUCCAGCUGCCACAAAAAAGGAUGGUUUAUAUGAAAUAGCGCUUGAAAGCAUAAGAGAAUACGGAGAUGUGUUUAAAUCCGAAUCUCCAGUCCAUGUUGCAGCAUGCAUUCUAGAUAGCCAUUGGGAUGGAAAAAUGAUUUUAGGCCAUGCAGCUUUAGGAGGAGGAACUGAUCUACAACGUCUAGCUAUAUUUGGAUCUCAUUCUAUGCAUUGUUUUCCAUCUUGUAUAGAAGAAGUGGUACCUACUUUUCUAGACGAUACAGCAAUUGAUACAAGAUAUGUGGCAAAUGAUAAUAAUGAAAGUUCUACAAUCUGGGAAUGCGCAAAUAUAGGAAUUGGCGCAUUUUUACAUGAAGUUGGCCAUCUCUUAGGCGCUCCUCAUCGAUCUACUGGAAUUAUGCAUAGAGAUUAUGUACAUUUCAACAGAACAUUUUGUACUAUAGAGCCAUACUCAGCAAGAACAAAAAAAGAAUCUUGGGGACCAUGCCUUCCUGAAUCUGAAUGUUCAUGGCAUUAUUUAGACAUGAUUAAAUUUCGAUAUCAUAAACUUUUUGCCUUACCAGAUGACCCUAUUAUAGAAGCUGGAAAUCUUCUUUAUUAUUCUAUGAAGGACAAAUUUCUUGUAAUGUCAGAUGAAGGAGUUAUAUUAAUUGAAAUAUACGCAAACGAUAAGUAUUAUGCAUAUCUUGAUUUUCAUGAUAAUUCAAAAAAAGAAAUUCUUUUAGAAGAACAAAGCCUUCGCAAAUAUGCAAAAAUUCCUAAUAAUAUACAACCUUUAAAAGCUAUUAUUACUUCAGCCGCAUUAUGUGAAAUUACUAUCGAAGAUUUCAAAAAAGAAUUACUAGACUCAACUGUUUCUUUGGAUGCUGGAUUGGGUAUUAAAAGCUUCCAGUUUGGUAGAUCGGAUGAAGCAUUAUUAAAAUUUCAAUUCGAUUUUUCUAAUAAACUCGACAAACUGAGCAAUAUUUGCAUACGCUCUGGUUUAUUUAUCGAUGGCUUAAAAUUCAUCUUUAAUAAUGAAUCAACCAUGGCAACAUCAGGGAAUGGCGGGAACUUAAACAAUUUCCCCAUAGAUGGACCAAAAGGAGAACGUAUAAAAGGCCUUUAUAUCUGGUCUAACGCAUGGAUCGAUGCUUUACAGAUCAUAACAACAUGGAAUAGAACAAGCCCUUUAUAUGGAACUGUGUCAGGUCACUAUAAAUACGUAACUACACCCGAAGGAUAUGAAAUCGCUGGUUUUUAUGGUUCAACUGGGAAAUGGUGUAAUACAUUAGGAGUCAUUUAUAUAGAUAAAAAACAAUUGCAAAUUUGA